UUACAUUUGCUACCACGUGGACAAGAAAUUUUAUAUAAGGUGGUAAAGUGCGAAGUGCGAAGAUUUAAAUAGGAAAAUUAAAGACAAUAUUAUACAUUUUUAUAUAAAAAUGUCAAAAAAGUUUCAGAAAGAGUUUGCAGUUGUAGAAUUUGAAGAUUCAUGUGACAAAUCACAGACAUUAAUAAAAGUAAUUUCUUCUAAAUGGUUGUUUGAUAAUAAUACUAAGUGCAAAUAUCCAUCUAAAAAAGAUAAGCUUAAAACCACCCGUUUGGUUAUGUCAAGAGUAGAUCCAGGACAAGAUUGGAAUAUUUAUAAUCUUCAAUUUUAUCAUUAUUAUAAUACCUACAAUACUGCUUUCAAAGCGGCUAAAACUGUUCUAGAGGGAGAAGUUGCUCGUACAAAAGUUGAAACAGAUUAUGAUCAACCAAGAAAAAGAAAAAAGAACAAGAAAUAUAUUGUAUCAUCUUCAGAUGAUGAAGAAAUGAACAUUUCUCCUUCAAAGAUUUCUCGUGGUAGAAACAUAAUACACAGUAAAGUAUCUGCACCAGAUUCUCUUCUUUCAAAUAAAAUAAAACAUCUGCUUAAAAAUAAAUCUAUGAAAACGUUAGCUACAUAUCAACAAAAGAACACAUCAGUUGGAAAAUUAUUCUCCCGUAGUAAAUCACAUGUAAAAUCUUUAAGCCCUUUAAAUAAGUUAAUUUAUAAUACCAAAUUAGAUAAAAAUCUGAUAAGGCAACAUUCUUUAUCAAAUAAAGGUUUGUACAUAUAUAAUCAUGUUGUUUCGCUGGCUAUUUUUGUGUUUUGAAAAUUAUAAUAAUAAUUUUUCGUAAUUUUACUUGUGGAGCAAAUUACUGAUAUAGACUACAGCACACAAAUGUCAGAAGUGAUCACACAUCAAACAAAGAAGGACAAGCCUGUCA